AUGGUUCGGUCUUUAAUCCAUCUUCCAGACGAGAUCCUGCAUUCGAUUCUAUGUUAUUCUACUCCUCACUCCUGCGUUGCCCUCGAACAAACCAAUAGUCGAUUUCAAAAUGUGACGAAUGAGCGGUUACUAUGGCGUCACCAUUGCCAGUCGCAUUACAAGUUCUGGGAUGGGCGACAUAAUAUGCCCCGGAAACUUGCAUGCCCAGUGAAUUCAACCGAUUGGAAAGGGCUCUUUGUCUUCAAGUAUCAGGUUGAUCGAUCUGUCACUCGGCUUCUUGGUAGUAUUCUUGGUAGCCAGACUGGCCGGAUCGAGAAGUUUCGCCGUGUAAUCAAUAUGGGAUACGAUGCAAAGGAUACUCUUCUACGAUAUAGCCUGAUAGAGUCUGGGGAGGAUUAUUUGGCCAGAAGGUACUAUGCCAACGCGCUCUUAACUUGCUUGCACCGAAGUAUUGCCAUACCGGAAUGGGCCAAACUCAAACGUGGAGAACCCGUGUCACUCGAUAGAGCCUUGGCCUGCUUUGAUCUCUUCAUACCCGAGAGUGGGACUGGUGAUUUGGAUGAAAUACGAGAGUCUCUGAAUAAGAUCCUUGACUGCUUCAUUGCGUCUCACCCGGAUCUUUCCCUCUUCACUCCUCGCGAGAAGGCGCUAGCCGUAGCAUCUUGGCUAGGGCUGAAUGGUCUCACAGGGAUCAAUCCUGAGCGGGAAUAUCAUUCUUUGGAGCACAACUUUUUAGGGGUGGCUCUGAAGAGUCAAGAGCAUAACUCCCUGCCACUGGUGUCGGCAGCAAUAUACUGCUUUGUCGCGCAGGGGGUGGGCCUGAAUGCCCGUCCCUGUGGAUUCCCAUUCCAUGUGCAUGUGAUUAUUACGCCUCCACCGGGCUCAGAUAUCAAUGGUAGUGCUCUGAACGGGAUGGAGCCAGGGGAGCCCCUUUACUUGGACCCGUUUCGGGGCGCAAGGGAGACUCCUGUCUCAAAUUUGCGCACUCAAUUAACAUUUCUGGGCAUGUCCGACUUGGACCAAACCACAACUUUGGGUGAAGCAUCAACUUCAGGCGUUAUCUUGCGGUGCGGUAAGAACAUAUUGAACUCCAUUCGUGUCGAACCACAAAAUACGACCUUGCGUGCCACGUCAAUAGAUGUUGUGAGUGCAAAGUACGCAGCACUCUGGUCUGUGAUGCUACUGUCCGGCGAUUCGAGGCAGAUGGAUUUACGCCAUCAAUUGCCAUGGCUCAUGGAACUGUUCGCUACAGACUUUCCUUCUGAUAUAUUUCUAGUUGAGGAGUACAUUGCUCCUCUGUUCCAUGGGCUGUUCGAGCAUGAACACAUUCUAAAGAGCCUUCAUGUGAUGAGGACUGUGGAUGAGAUCCCAAAGCAGAUUCGGAGGCGACCCGAUGGCAAUGCAAACAUCCAAUACAAGGUGGGCCAGAUCUUCCGUCAUCGUCGCUAUCAUUACGAGGCCAUUAUCACGGGUUGGGACCCGGAAUGUGGCGCGGGCGAACAAUGGAUGAGGAGAAUGGGCAUUGACCGAUUAGAAGCUGGCAGGCAUCAAAGCUUCUAUCAUGUGCUUGUGGCGGAUCGAAGUGUCCGAUAUGUGGCCGAGGAAAAUAUUGCAAUAAUACUGCCUCGCUUCACGGAAUUGCCGAGUAGUUUGACUGCCAUUGCGGGUAAGCAUUUCAAAAGGUGGGAUGAGAGAGAGCGGAUGUUUGUGAGUAAUAUGAAAGAUGAAUACCCGGAUGACUAG